GAAUGUAAUAUAAACAUAAAAGGACAAAGAAAAAACAUUCCCUAGUCACCCCUGGCUAAGAAUUUCCCCGAUAUGCUAACGCAAUGGGAUUAGAAGUUGAUGGCAUAAACCCUCCUAUCUGAUGACUGCGGUCAGUGUGGUUGUUAAUAACUGAGCUGGCCGUCGGUGGCUGCGCAGUUGUCAUCCCAUUGUGUGCGCGCAAUCACUCCAAUCAAUCCCUGUGUUGACUUCAUCAAGUUUCUCCCCAUGUGGGAACCACCCCAUGUGUUGCUAUCAGUCCGUAUCUAAAAUAGGCAAAUCCCGACGCAGACAACAGUCAAGUCUGUGUCACUCUUGGUGGACAGACUGAAGAAGCAAUCCUCAUUAUGGAUGAGCCUUCGCCCAGGCGUGUUUCUGUCUGGAUGUGGAUUAACACUUUUAUACCAGUUUCUUCCAAAUGUAACCAAAGUUUAAAGAGGCCUGAAAAUUUGAUGGUUCUAAGAAUUGGAUCAGUUUGGGGGUUUUCUCCUCUGAGAAUCUAAGAAAACUCAGAUUAAAUGAAAUUUCUAUACAUUUACAUUAAAGAGAAAUAAUUCCUAGCAUUUUCCAGCCGUUAAUCAUAAUGCAGAGGAAAGCCCUUCCUGACUGGGGAUUAGCUCUGCUGGGUUCAAGUCCUGUCUCUGUCACCAGCUUACUCAGAAGACUCAGGUCACUUCCCUUCUCUAGGCCUCAACUGCCUCUAUGGGGAUGAGAGGAUGCAGCAACACUGGAGGAUUCCUCACACACAGCUGGAAUGUUUGAGGUCCUCAGCCAGUGCUGGCCCACUGUAAGCUCUGUUCCAGCUCUGACCUUCUCUCAUCUAAGAGCUAAGGACUCCUCUGCUGUCUCUCUCAGUUAUUUUUCUCUUACACACACAUGCUCUGCUGUUAUGCAGCAAGGACUUCACCACAUACCACAAGCCUGAGACUCUUCUCGAGAAAACCUGAUGUGCUGCUUUUGUGCUUUGCUGACGAAGAGGGGAUGUCACAUGAAAGAAGCCAGUUGGACCUCCCCUGUGGUGGGGUUCAUUCUCCUGAGCCUCUCAGCCCACCCAAAGCUGGAGAAAACGUUUUUUGUGCUCAUGCUGCUGAGGUACCUGGUGAUCCUGCUGGGCAACAGGGUCCUCAUCCUGGUGACCACCCUUGACUCCCGCCUGCACACGCCCAUGUACUUCUUCCUGGGAAACCUCUCCUUCCUGGACAUCUGCUACACAACCUCCUCAGUCCCCCUCAUUCUCAACAGCUUCCUGACCCCCAGGAAAACCAUCUCAGCCUGUGCCGUGCAGAUGUUUCUCUCCUUUGCUAUGAGAGCCACAGAGUGUGUGCUGCUGGGCAUAAUGGCAUUUGAUCACUACCUGGCUAUCUGUAACCCCCUUAGGUACCCCGUGAUCAUGAGCAAGGCUACGUAUGUGCCCGUGGCUGCCAUAUCCUGGGCUAUUGGUGGUGCUGCUUCUGUGGUACACACAUCCUUGACAAUUCAGCUGCCCUUCUGUGGGGACAAUGUCAUUGACCACUUCACCUGUGAGAUCCUGGCUGUCCUGAAGUUGGCCUGUGCUGACAUCUCCAUCAAUGGGAUCAGUAUGACGGUGGUCAGUGUGAUUUUCCUGGGGGUCCCAGUUCUGUUUAUCUCUUUCUCCUAUGUGUUCAUCAUUGCUACCAUCCUGAGGAUCCCCUCAGCUGAGGGGAGGAAAAAGGCCUUCUCCACCUGGUCUGCCCACCUCACAGUCGUGGUUGUCUUCUAUGGGAUCAUCCUCUCCAUGUAUGGGAAGCUGAAGUGCAAGGAUCCACUGAGGGCAGACAAAGAAGAUCUUUCAGACAAGCUUACCUCCCUCUUCCAUGGGGUGAUGACCCCCAUGCUCAGUCCCAUCAUCAACAGCCUGAGGAACAAGGAUGUGAAGGCUGCUGUGAGGAACCUAAUGGCUCAGAAAUACUUCACCCAGUGAUGGUGGAGAGGUACUAAAGGUUCUAUGCUCCCUGGUUGCUCUCACCUGAGGGUCUCAGAGGAUAAGAUGAAGGGCCAACUUCAUCAAAGUUUACAUAGGUAAAUCUAGUUAUA